AUGUUUGCAGAUGACACCGUGAUCUGUGCCACGCAGGUCAGCCCCUCCGAGCUGCAGGACCUGUUUCAGACCACCUCCUCCAAUAUCUUCCAGAUCAACGCCAACGUCGUCACAUUAGAGAAGAACCUUCAGUCACUGGGAACAUCGAGAGACACAGCAGAACUACGACAGAGUCUACACUCCACUCAGCAGCAAACCAACAAAGUCAUCACCAGCACCAGCCAACUCAUCAAACAGCUCUCUGAUAUAAUCAGUGGCUCCUCACGGCAAGACCGUCUGCGCCUGACCAGACUGAAGGCUGAGCUGUCGGAGUCUGUGCAGCGCUAUGGAGACCUGCAGAAGAAGAUUGCCCAGCGCUCCAGGGCUCUGCUCCCCCCGGCUCAGGCAGAGAAGAAGAAGAGUCCUCAGACGCCGUCCGCCGAGCUGCUGGACGGUCCCCUGUUUGGAGAAGCAGACGGCUCCGACGGAGGAGAGCAGGCCUUCCUCUCCGAGAUCAGCGAGGAGGACGUGGAGGUGCUUCAUCAGCGGGAGGAGGCGCUGCUGCAGAUCGAGAGAGACAUGCUGGACGUCAGUCAGAUCAUGAAGGACCUGGCCAGCAUGGUCCACGAGCAGGGGGACGCCAUCGAUAGCAUCGAAGAUUACAUCCAGACCGCAUCGUCCAACGUGGAGUCAGCCAAUCAGGAGCUUGCCAAGGCCAACCAGUACCAGAGGCAGCUGAGGAAGAGGAAGUGCUACCUGCUGGUGGCUGGAGCCGUCGUCCUCACCAUCCUCAUCAUCAUCAUCGCCGUUUCAGCACGAAAAUGAGACGAA